CAGCUAGAGAAGGGGGCACGAGCUCCCGGGCAGCGGCCUCUCCGGGCUCCCCCUUUCCUUGGCCGCCCCUGGGUUUCCGAGGAGUGCGGUCCGAGUAGCCCCUCUUCCACCAACCAUGUGGGCAUCCUGGAUCCCGGUUCUCUGCCUCGGUGUCUGUCUGCUGCUGCCGCCGGAGCCGGUAGGCAGCGAGGGAGCCGUUCCCAUCGCUAUCACAUGCUUUACCAGAGGCCUGGACAUCAGGAAAGAAAAAGCAGAUGUCCUCUGCCCAGGCGGCUGCCCUCUGGAGGAGUUCUCUGUGUUUGGGCACGUAGUGUACGCGUCUGUAUCAAGCAUAUGUGGCGCCGCUGUCCACAGGGGGGUAAUUGGCAACUCAGGGGGACCUGUGAGAAUCUAUAGCCUGCCAGGUCGAGAAAACUAUUCCUCAGUAGUUGCCAAUGGCAUCCAGUCUCAGACGCUUUCCAGGUGGUCCACUUCUUUCACAGUGACAAAAGGCAAAAGUGGUACCCAGGAAGCCACAGGGCAAGCAGUGUCCACAGCACAUCCAGCAACAGGUAAACGACUAAAGAAAACACCGGAGAAGAAAACUGGCAAUAAGGACUGUAAAGCAGACAUUGCAUUUCUGAUCGAUGGGAGUUUUAAUAUUGGGCAACGCCGAUUUAAUCUACAGAAGAAUUUUGUUGGGAAAGUGGCUCUAAUGUUGGGAAUUGGAACCGAAGGACCACACGUGGGCCUUGUUCAAGCCAGUGAACAUCCUAAAAUAGAAUUUUACUUGAACAACUUUACAUCAGCCAAAGAUGUUUUGUUUGCUAUAAAGGAAGUAGGUUUCAGAGGGGGUAAUUCCAAUACAGGAAAAGCCUUGAAGCAUACCGCCCAGAAAUUCUUCACUGCGGACACUGGAGUGAGAAAAGGGAUUCCCAAAGUGGUGGUGGUAUUUAUUGAUGGCUGGCCUUCUGAUGACAUCGAGGAAGCAGGCAUUGUGGCCAGGGAGUUUGGCGUCAAUGUAUUUAUAGUUUCUGUGGCUAAGCCUAUCCCUGAGGAACUGGGAAUGGUUCAGGAUGUUGCAUUUGUUGACAAGGCUGUCUGUCGGAAUAACGGCUUCUUCUCUUACCACAUGCCCAAUUGGUUUGGCACCACAAAAUACGUAAAGCCUCUGGUACAGAAGCUCUGCACUCACGAGCAAAUGAUGUGCAGCAAGACCUGUUAUAACUCAGUGAACAUUGCCUUUCUGAUUGAUGGCUCCAGUAGUGUUGGAGAAAGUAAUUUCCGCCUCAUGCUUGAAUUUGUUUCCAACAUAGCUAAGACUUUUGAAAUCUCAGACAUUGGUGCCAAGAUAGCUGCGGUACAGUUCACCUAUGAUCAGCGCAGAGAGUUCAGUUUCACUGACUAUAGCACCAAAGAGAAUGUCCUAGCUGUUAUCAGGAACAUCCGCUACAUGAGUGGUGGGACAGCUACUGGGGAUGCCAUUUCCUUUACUGUUAGAAAUGUGUUUGGUCCCAUGAGAGACAGCCCCAACAAGAACUUCCUGGUAAUAGUCACAGAUGGGCAGUCCUAUGACGAUGUUCGAGGGCCUGCUGCUGCUGCACAUGAUGCAGGUAUCACCAUCUUCUCUGUUGGUGUGGCUUGGGCACCUCUGGAUGACCUGAAAGAUAUGGCCUCUAAACCAAAGGAGUCGCAUGCUUUCUUCACAAGAGAAUUCACAGGAUUAGAACCAAUUGUUUCUGAUGUGAUCAGAGGCAUCUGUAGAGAUUUCUUAGAAUCCCAGCAAUAAUCGUGACAUUUUGACAACUGAAAGAAAAAGUGCAAGGGGAUAUAAUGUAUAAGUUGUAUUCUAAUAAUACUGAAAUACUACACAGCAUACUAAAAUCAGAGAAAACUAUUAUAUUAAAGAUGGCAAAAAUGUAAGCAAAUAAGCAUUCAUUUAAAGAUACCUUCUAAUUACAAUUUAAGCUUGAUUGUUCAGAACUCUUCAUAAUCACAAUCCUUAGAAUCUCAGGAAAGAGGAGACAGUGUAGAUUAUUAAGAGUUCUAUUUUAACAUGCAUAUUAAGUGUAUAAAUAUGCAAAUUCUAUACAGCUCAAUAAAAGAACUUGAUAUUUAGACCCAAAGCAACAUUCCUUCUCUAAUUAUUACAUAAGGAAAAUGAAAGACAAAUAGAAAAAAGCUCCUUAACUUAGAUAUUAAAAUAUAUUUUGACCCAAGUAGAUGUCUUGAAGUCAAUCAACAAUAUAGAUUUUACUUAAUACCCUAAAGUUACAGAUGAAAUGGAAGCGAUUUAGGUUACCAAGCCUCUUUUGCAGUGUAUUUUCAUAACUUAUAGCAAAUAUCACACUGAACAAGAUAGCAGCAUUUGCCUGGUAUUUUUCUAUUUAUAUCUUUAAUUUUGUUGUGUAUAGAUGUAUUUGGCUUGUACUCUAAGUCACCAAUGUAUUGAAAAAAAAUUAAGUUGGUAAAAUUUUACUUACCACUUAGAAGCAUUUAGCUUUAAAGAAAAGCACAUCUUCCAAACAGCUGAACUGCAGGAAAGACUAUUUAAGCAAUAAAACUGCUAGUGACUUAA